CUGGUUUCCAAUGGUACGUUAGUAUUGGUUUUGUUUGUUGUUUGAAUCACAUGAGACGGUAGAGAUAAAAUUUCUUUAAAUACUGUGAAACCUUCCAAAAAUGUCCAAAAUGCCACAAACCCGCGAUGAAAUCUGUUCAUUAAUGGAUGACCUACUUAUCCAGUCGCUGGAACUCAUGGAGCAAGAGGUAAAAUUGAAAACCACCAUCGAAGCCAUCACGAAUGAAGGUCGGCUAGAUCUGGCCCAAACACGCUACCACAAGGGACCCAACACGGUGUCAUCGGUGCAGCUUCCAACCGAGGAUUACAAGGAGUUUAGGGCGCUCAAUUCGUUGGUUGAGGAACGGGACGAAGAGGGAAACAUAAAGCUGCAGCUAGAACAGCAUCCAGUGGACAAGGACAGUGGAUACAUUGAUCCGAUCAGGUGGUUUGGUGUUUUGAUUCCUCCAACGUUGCAGAAUGCGCGUAACAAAUAUACCCGCGCGCUGGAGUAUGUGGUGGAAUGUGCAAAUGUACAAAUUCAGCUUAGGAAAGCACUGCUUAAGUUUGAAGAGCUUGAUGCUAUGAAGAAUAAUAUGUGAAAUCUCUAAUGCCGAA